AUGAAGUUGACGGUUAUUGACAACGACUCGGCCUUCGCCAUCCUACCACCAACACCACCGUCCCUCUGGCAACAGUUCUGUGCACGGCCUUGUCUCUUCCUCGCCAACAAGCUCUAUUCAUGGCGCCCAAAGGCACCUCCGGACGCCGAAUUCGGCAUCACCAUCGUUUGCAUUUCAAACACUUACAAGGAAAGGCCAGAGUUACCAGAGGGCGACGUCCUCAUCCACGCUGGCGAUCUCACGACCACGGGGUCGCUCGCCGAGCUCGAAAUCACACUGAAAUGGCUUCAUACCCAGCCUCAUCCCAUCAAAAUUGUCAUCGCAGGUAAAAACGACUCUUAUCUUGAUUAUUUCAAGAGGGGCAGUCCUGCCUGGGCAGCAGGACUCGAGCCAGACGUUAAUUGGGGCGACAUCAUUUAUCUGCACCACGACUACGUUGCCCUUCAAUGUCCGAAUGGGCGCGAAGUCACUAUCUUCGGAAGCCCAUUCUCACCGCGGACCACUCCUUCCGCGGGUUUUCAAUACCCUCGGGGUGCAGACAUCUGGGCAGAAGUCACUGAUGACGUUGAUAUUUUCGUCACUCACACUCCACCAUGGACCCAUCUCGACUCACUCCGAGGCUGUCCUCAUCUCUUGAACAGGAUGUGGAGAUGUCCUCCUCGACUGGUUAUUUUCGGGGGCUCUAUUGAGAACUGGGGUGCGAAGUAUUUGCACUAUGAUGCUUUGCAGAAUGCUAUGGAGGUCAUGGAGCAUGAUGGUGGCGGUUUCUUCAAUCUUUUGAGGGUUAUCAAAGGGUUUUUGCUGGCCUUUUUGCAUCCCCGCCGUAAAGCCGUGACACUGCUGGUCAAUGCAUGCUAUUCCGAGGGAAUGUGGAGCGUAGGACAGCGAAAGCCGGUCAUUGUAACUUGUUAG